AAGUCAUGAAAGCAUACGGCCGCGUAUAGGUUACCAGCCCUCCCCAACCCAUAAAUUUAAGCCAGCCACCGACCUUUCUUCUCUCCCUCCCUCCCUCCCUAACUUCUCCAUUCUUCUCCCGACUCUGUCUUGUACUUCGAUUCCUGGCACGAAUACCUUAUCCUUUCUGGAUUUGUUCAAAGUGAUUUGCUUUUGGUUUCAGAUUUCUAUUCGGAUUCUUCGGUUAAUAUCCCAAAAAAAUACUUUGAUAUAUCACUAUAUAUAUAUAUAUUGAAGCAGCGUCGUAGCAGGAACCCCGUCAUCUGUUCAAAAAGGCGUAUAGAUUCAUACCUAUAAGGCUAUAAUCUAACUUGGUAUUUGUCAAAAUUUCUUAUCCCACGAGUUUGAGUGGACUUUUUCUUGUCGAUCAACCCUCUGAAGCCAUAACAGAAGCAUUGAUCAAAUUUUAUUGUAAAUAUUAUUUUUGUUAGUAGAAUAUGAAGGGACCAAAUCCAAACCCUUCAAACUUCUUCUCAAAGCUCUUCAAUGUCCAGCUCCACCUCCUCAAUCUCCUCUUCUACUUCCUCGUCUUCGGCGGCGGCCUGACCCUCGGAAUGGUGCUCAGCUUCUACAUGAAAGACUUCUCCUUCAGUCUGCAAUUAGCACAGUUCUCCUUCUUCUCAACCUCAACAUCUGCAUCCAAUCCGCACAACCUAAUGCCGAACGUUAAAGCAGUUGAACCCAACACGAGUCACCGUCCUCCUCACGUAGGAUUGAAGGAAUAUCUAAAGCCGCCGGAGGUUUUCCACGACAUGGACGAAGUGGAGUUGCUGUGGAGAGCUUCGAUGAGUCCUCGGAUUUCCGAGUAUCCGUUUCCCCGUGUUCCCAAGGUUGCUUUCUUGUUCUUGGUAAAGGGUCCUGUUCUUUUGGCCCCGUUGUGGGAGAAGUUCUUCAAAGGACAUAAAGGAUUGUACUCGAUUUACGUGCAUUCGAAUCCAUCUUACAAUGGAUCGCACCCGGAAAGUCCAGUUUUUCAUGGCAGAAGAAUUCCUAGCCAGGAAGUAGAAUGGGGAAAUGUGAACAUGAUUGAGGCCGAGCGCCGCCUAUUGGCGAAUGCUCUUCUCGACAUCUCAAACCAACGGUUCAUUCUGCUCUCAGAGUCAUGCAUUCCCCUCCACAACUUCUCCACUGUCUACAAUUACCUCGUCCGCUCCAAUGAAACUUUUGUGGGAGUCUAUGAUGAUCCAAGCUCGGUCGGGCGUGGCAGGUACAAUUCUCACAUGUAUCCACAAAUCUCGUUGAGUCAAUGGCGAAAAGGGUCACAAUGGUUUGAAAUUGACAGAAGCCUUGCCAUUGAAGUUGUCUCGGAUAAAAAAUACUUCCCGGUGUUCCAAACUUACUGCAGGGGCUCAUGCUACGCAGAUGAGCAUUACUUGCCAACAUAUGUGAACAUAAAUUUUGCACAGAAGAAUUCAAAUAGGAGUUUGACCUGGGUUGACUGGUCGAGGGGCGGCCCACAUCCAGCCAAGUUUACUAGAACGGAUGUGACGGUUAAGGCUUUGAAUAGCUUGAGGAAUCGGACUGCAUGUAUAUAUAAUGGAAGAGUUUCCAAUGUUUGUUUCUUGUUUGCUAGAAAGUUUGGGCCUGGUACACUGGAUAGACUGCUGAGGUUUGCGCCAAAGCUCAUGCGAUUCAACAGAUAGAAUUUGAUAUUUUAAACUACUUUGAUUUAUGAUGUCGAAGAUCGACAUCGCGGUCUAACAGAUUUAUGUUCAUUAUCACAUUGAUUAAGUGUAUAGUAAAGAGAAAAUGGUUAUCCAGACGAAAUUUUUUGUUUAUAAUUUAAAUCCCUUCAUUCUUCCA